AUGGUGCUCUCACUUCUCCAGGCUGUGGUCACUUAUGUGUCCCUCCUGUGGUUUGUAAGAGUGACUGACGCAAUGCCUGACCCCACUCAGAGGGAGAUGCUGAUGCGUCAGGAAGCAUCCCUACAGACAGGUGGCAGAGUGAUCCUGACACCAGCCGAACAAAAGAUGGAUGCUUACCUUCAUCAACUAAAGGAGCAGGAGAUAAGUGUUGCUCAGUUCCUACCUGCCAUCCACUUUUUUAAAGCAAAGCCUCUCAUUGAAAAGAGCUCCAUCUUCAAACUGCUGCAGAAGAUGCCCAAAGGUAAAUAUACAAUCCAGUGUUUGUACUUUAGUAUGAAUAUAUUUAUAGUAUAUUCAUAUUUCAAUGUGAUUAAGUAUAUACUUGUUCAAGAAUGUUCUUUUUUAAGUAUCUUCUUCUUUAAAAGUAUUUACCUAUCUAUAUAUGUACUUGUUCAUUAUGCACUUCAAGGGUUAAAUAAAAACAAACAAACAAAAAAAAACAACAACUAUGUGAUUGAUUAAUUGUGUACUUGUUCAGGUAUGUACUUCUUUAAGUAUGAGCUUAAAUAAGUAUGUACUUGUUUAAAUAUACUUCUUUAAAUAUGUACUGAAUCAAGCUCUGUAAUUUUGUAAGAUAGGACUACGUUAACAUACUUGUUCAAGACUGGUCUUUUUUACGUACAUUCUUUAAAAGUUUUUACGUUUACCUAUCUAAGUGUGUACUUGUUCAGUUUGCACUUCAAGGGUUAAAUGAAAACAAAGACACAAAAAACAACUAUGUGAUUGAUUAAUUGUAUACUUGUUUAGGUUUAUACUUCUUUAAGUAUGAGCUUGACUAAGUAUGUACUUGUUUGAAUAUAUACUUCUUUAAAUAUGCACUGAAUCAAGCUCUGUUAUUUUAUAAGAUAGAACUAAGUUAAGUAUAUACUUGUUAAAGUAAUUACCUGAUUAAGUACAUGCUUUAUAAAUUAUUGUACUUGUUCAAGUGCUUGUUUUAGCAUGUAUACUUUUUAAUUUCCCCAAAGGAUGGAUAAAGUUCUAUCUAAUCUAAUCUCUAAAGUUUGUGUUUACAUUUUAAUGUUUUGAUGACAGGUGCAGCACUCCACAUCCACAAGUCCACACUAGUCAGUGCUGAGUGGCUAGUGAAAAAUGUCACCUACAGGCCAAACUGCUACAUCUGCUUCACCUGGGACAACUCAGCACGCUUCUUCUUCUCUGACCGCCAGCCUUUCCCACGAUGGGACUGCUUCUACUGGCAACUACUGGAGACUUUAAGGGCCAAAAUAGGAGACCCUACAAAGUUUGAUAACAGGUGGAGUAAGACACUAUCAUCUCACCAUCAUUGUUUAAGUACAGAUUUAAUGAGAAAACUUAACCUGGGACAUCUGUUUUUUGGUUCUGGUCAGUUUAAUGCAGCAUCUCACACUGUUCACUGAGGAUCCAGACAGGGAGUACCCGAACCAGGAUGUGGUUUGGGAGAAGUUUGAGAAAGCCUUCAUUGCAGCUGCAGGGUUAAUCACUUAUGCCCCUGUGCUAAGGGACUACUUCUACAAGGGCCUGGAGGAGCUUCUGCGUGACAACAUCAUGUAUCUGGAACUUAGAAGUGGACUCUCCAGGGUUGGUUUUGCUUUUUGACACCUGAUCCAGAGCUCCUUAAAACCCACAACAGAAACAUCAGUAAAUCUAAUUUUACUGUAUUUCUAGACUGUGAUGGUAUCUGACAAAUGAAACAUCCUUUUUUUUUUUUAGACGUAUGAGCUUGAUGGGACCAUUCACGACAAAGUCUGGACUCUGAAGAUAGUUCAAGAGGUUGUGGAGAAAUUUAAAGCAGAUCAUCCGGACUUCCUUGGGGCUCGUAUCAUAAUUUCUGUAAACAGGUAUUAUACUGUAGGUUUUGGUAAAAAAAAAAAAAAAAAAAAAAAAUAUAUAUAUAUAUAUAUAUAUAUAUAUAUAUAUAUAUAUAUAUAUAUAUAUAUUCUCUAAUGCACAACUUAUUAUUUGCUUAUUUUAAGAGAAAAAUAUAGAGUCUAAAGAGUUUUAAAAGGAGGCCUUGAAUUCAUAAACAGAACAAAAAUAUGUUCUUCUCUGCCACUAGAAAGUAGGCUAGUUACUUAAAGCAACCAAACUGGGUUCAAUUAUUUAUUUAGACAUCACCAAGUCCACCAAAGACAAACAACAUACUGUUGACACAUGAUAAAUGUUUUGAUUUACUUGUCUUUAUUAUUACUAAUUUUCCUCUUUAUUACCCCGCCUGCUCUUUUUAGGGCUUUGGGUGUAUCUGAGGUCAAGGCAGCAGUGAAAGAGGCCGUUCAGCUCCAAAAGGACUUUCCAGAUGUUGUUGCGGGGUUUGAUAUGGUGAGAUGUGACAAAUGGUGGAACAGCCUGUUUAAGAAUAGGGGAGAGUGGGGUAAGUUGAGCCAAAGGGUAAGUUGAGCCACCCUCUGUUGCUUGGAAAUGGUCAAAGAAAUUGAUCAUGUGACCAAAUAUUUCGGAGAUGGGCAUCAAUUCAUGGAGUCUGUGAAGGUUAGAAGCACAUGGGUGAAGGGGUUUGACAUUUAUUUACAAAAAAACAUUUUUCACUCUUGAAAGUGAAUUUAGUCUGUCAUAAGUUUUAUUAGAAUUGUGUUCAGACCAAAAAAGAUCUUUUUAAAUGUGUUUUAUUCAUCAAUUGGGGUAUCUAUGAGCUACAACAUGAGGUCAAAAACCUAGCAUAAAAGUCCACCAUUUUAGCUUAAAGGACUAAUAAAGUCAUCAUAGUAGUUCUGGGGUAAGUUGAGCCAUUUGGCUAAACUGAGAAAGUAAAUGAGUCUGAUGAGAGGAUCAGAGUUUCAGUUCAGAUUGUUGAAAUGUGUUUCUUUUUCUUUUCAAAAAUACAGCUGUGAAUAUUCUGAAUCACUUAAAGACAUUCUCAUGUUAAAAUGACUUUUUACAAAACAGCUUUUUAGCAGUUAUAUGCAAUAAUGAUAAAAAGAAUAAUUGCACCAGUUGAAUAUCGUAGGGAUACGGCUCAACUUACCCCGCUCCUAUGGUCAACUUACCCCAUACAUGAGGUAAGUUGACUAUAGGAGACCACUUUUUUUGGCAUGCUAUAUUAUCAAGACAGUUAUGUUUACAUUCAUUGAUUCAUCUGUUGGUUUGCAGGGAUGCACAACAUCUUGAAAUAUAUGCAGAUACACUAGUUAGAGACAAAACUAUGAUUGCCUUGAUGUAGUGAUCCGAAAUAUGAAAGAUGGCUCAUCUUACCCCACUCUCCCCUAGCAGUAACCAAUUGUUCAACAGCAGUAAGCUUGUUGGCUAUGAUUUAACUUGGUUUAAGAAAGGUACAGAGAAACUGAAAUCAUUCAAAAAAGAUUUGCCACAAAAGUGCACCAAUCCUCAGCAUGCAGCACCAGGAGUGAUCAUCAUCUCUGAUUUAAUCUAAGAUAAUGAUUCUGGUGUGCAGGUUGGCAGGGAGGACAGUGGGAGGUCUCUUUGGUACUUCAGGGAGGCUCUUUCUCUACCCACUGAACUGGGCGUCACACUGCCGUACUUCUUUCACGCUGGAGAGACAGGUAGGUUGAUCAGUCAGAGUCAAACUACAUUUCUGUUUUUAAAAUGCACUGUGAUGCUCAGCUUUGUUCCCCCUGUUUGCUCAUAGAUGAUGACGGUACAGAUGUGGAUCAAAACAUUCUCGACGCUCUUCUGUUCAACACUUCACGCAUUGGUCACGGCUAUGCUUUAGCACACCAUCCACUCGCUAAAGAACUUUCUAGGAGAAGAAACGUGGCUGUGGAGCUGUGCCCUAUCUCAAACCAGGUAAAUGACCUAUUGUUUCUUGAAGAAAAUAGCUGACGGCAAAUGCACAACCCCUGGGCUUGCAAAAUAAGUCCACUUGUGUUGUGUACUUUUCAAUGUUUUUACUUUCACUACAAUGAGCCUGCAAGGAUGCAGAACUGAGAAGGGGUGAAAUGCAUUUUAAAACCCCCAAUGUAGAAAGCAGUCUUUGCUCAUCUUGUCCUCAAGUCAUACUUUUUUCUGGAAAAAUCUCAUCCUGCAAAUUAUUGAGUGUCAAAUUUAUGAUUUAUUGUGAAUAUUUUAUGUGGAAAAUCUUAAAUUUUAGAUUUCAGCUGUUUGGCUGAUACCUACCCCCUCGCACUGGUAAAAGGCAAUAGGAAUUAUUUCCAAAAAUAAUCAGUCAUGUUGCUGAUGGUUUUGGUUGACUCUUGAAUUUCAUAAAAGGCAUCAGUUUAUUUCAUAGAUGUUAAAACACUCCUCACAGACACUUUCAGUAACUCUACUUUGACUAGAGUUGAAUAUUUUGCUCUGAAAUGCAUCCUUGGAAUAAAGCCAUGUGCAAUCUUUAAGGUCUUAACAUUAAGAUUCUUUACUGGUUGUGAUUUACAUUUGAUUUCCAGGUGCUGAAGCUGGUUUCUGACCUCCGAAACCAUCCUGCAACUGUGCUGAUGUCUGAGGGCCACCCUUUGGUAAUCAGCUCUGAUGACCCAUCCAUGUUCGGUACCACAGGCCUCUCCUAUGAUUUCUAUGAAGCCUUUGUUGGCAUCGGAGGUUUAAAAGCAAAUCUGGGCACUCUAAAAGAGCUUGCUGCUAACUCCAUCAGGUGAGACAUCAUACAUAUGUACAUCGUUAAUUUGUCAUUUUCUUAACUAAUCUUUUUUAAAUAUUCCCCCGUACUUAGUUUCUAAUCAGUGUAUGGAAUUGUCUUUAUUAUAAGUGGUGAAAUCACUGUCCUCUAUUCUUUUUAUUAUUAUUAUUUUAUUUUUAUUGUAUAUAUUUACAUAUAUAUAUAUAUAUAUAUAUAUAUAUAUAUAUAUAUAUAUAUAUAUAUAUAUAAUUAUUAUUAUUAUUACUAUUUUCUCAACAUUAAUCCACCAUCUGCAAAACAUUCGGCAACUUUUAGAGGGUAGCUUCCCUUUAACAGGCAGAAACUCCGAGUAGAACCGGAUUUAUUGUAAUUUGAUUGCAUCCUCUACAAACUAGAAUAUUUAGUCUUUUUUUAAAGCUGUCCUGAAGAUAACAGUGACAGAAGACUGGGGCCAAGAUAAGGAUGAGAAAGUUGACAUUUCUGACAUUGAGUCCUACAAUAACAAGAAUUAUUUAAAGAAAAAAGAGCUAAUUUUACAGAGAAAGAGUGGGCUUCAACUGAAAAAAAAAGUUGUUCUCACAGGCUACAGUUAAUCGUUACGCAUUAAAAGAUAUUUAGCAGGAUGUCAGAGAAGCAGCAGCCACCUGCACUGAAAUAAGGAUCAUAGAUCAUCUUGUAAGGUUACCCCUCAACAGCUGAGGACUUCAUGGGUACUAGAAGUGAGUAUCCAAUAAGCUUGCACCUCUUUAAAAUGAAUUCAUUCUGUUUUGUUAAACCUUUAUGAACUUUUACACAAUUCUCAAAUUUCUUCAUUUUAGUCGAGCAACUAGCUGCUCUGAUCCUCCUCUUUCAUUACCUAUAAUUAUGACUCUUGAUGAAUUUAUUUUCACAUUUUCACUUCACUGUUUAUGUAAAUAUGUGACUUUAUUCUCAUAAUUUUAUGACUGCUGUAAAUUUACUACAGACUGUAGGAUACAAGUGUUGGAAACAAAAGUGAACUGUGUUAGACCUGAGAUGAGACGACCAUUUAUGAGGCAAAGAAAGUGAUGCAAAGAAUUGUCUUCUCAUUUUUUGCUCAUUUUGUCGACACAGUUUACAGAUUUAAUCAUAUAUUUAUCCUUUUGUAUUAUUUAUUGAGGAAUCACAGCAGGACUGAUUUAUUUAUAAUGCCAAAAUGACGCCAACAUUGAUCACCAUCCUUGAUACAAGAUCUAAUUAUCCUGCAACUCAUUUGACACUAAACUGUAGGGCAUCCUUUCCUGCAUCAUUAUGAAUAGAUCCAAACCAUCCUGCAUUGAAUCUGUUGCAGCACAGCUUUCUCUCAGAAACACAGGUUAUUGAUUUUUGUUAAUAGUCACCUGCAUCAAACCACUUUGGAAGUGUCAGCAAGUUUCUCUCAAAGGUUCUCUUGUUAAAUGGAGUUACUGAUGAUUUCUUCUCCCUGCAGGUACAGCUCCCUGCCAGCUCAUCUGAAAGAAACAGGUCUUGCUCUGUGGCAGAGACAGUGGGACGCCUUCAUCGUUGCUAAUUCAUGAUGACAAACUCAAACGCUUUGGAUCCUGUUUGACUUGAAUAGAAUUUUGAAAGAGCUUUAAACUAAAGCAAUCAUGUACAGGCAAUCCGAACUCUUCAUUUGGAUCUUUGGUGGAAAAGGCUUAAAAGACUUUGACAAAUGAUGGCUUUUGAGAGGUCUGAUGUCGGGACAUUAAUGAGGAAAACCAUUAGUGAGUGGCACCUCGUAUUGGAAGUGACACUUAUUUCAUAUUCAUCCAAAACCUUGAGUCAAAAACGAAGACUACAUCAAACUGAGUGCUCUUCAUCUCAGGGAUUCAGUUCCCAUCUUCU